GGAACAUCUGUCCAGAGGCUGCUGGUUCUGGGCUCUCUGCUGUGCUGCACAACAAAUCAAGCUCGUCUGACUGUGAGUCCCAGCAGCUCUCAGUUCUUUAAAGGAGACUUUGUGUCUCUGAGCUGUGAGGAGGACGACAGCUCUGCUGGAUGGACUCUGAGGAGAAACACCACCAAACGACAGAGGACUCAGUGUGGAGCUGACUGGGGAAAAGCAGCUGGUUCUUCCUGUGACAUCAGUGGUAUAUUCCCGUUGGACAGUGGAGUUUACUGGUGUGAGUCCAGAGAGGGAGCAACCAGUAACAGCAUCAACCUCACUGUCUCUGGUAAGCUCAGACUGUGGAGUUAGUAUUGAUGAAGCUGUGUGGAAAUGGAUGAAAUGCUGUAGUUUGUCUCUGUGUUGAGGUGGACCAGUGAUCCUGCAGAGUCCUGUCCUCCCUGUGAUGGAGGGAGAUGGCGUCACUCUGCUCUGUAAAACAAAGACCACUCCCUCCAUCCUCUCAGCUACUUUCUAUAAAGAUGGCUCCUUGAUGAGGCCUGACCCUACAGAUCACAUGACCAUCCACCAUGUUACCAGGUCUGAUGAAGGCCUCUACAGGUGUAACAUCAUCAGUCAUGGAGAGUCUCUAUCCAGCUGGAUCACUGUCACAGAGAAACCUACAACCACAGCUCCACCCACAUCUACGUCCCCAUCUCCCAUCACUACUGAGGCCACGCGCCCUAAAUCAUCCUCCCUCCACCUUGUCCUCAGACUGGUCUGCCACCUGGUGGUGUUCUGUCCAUACUUCAUCUCCACUCUCCUCAUGGUGUCUUUAUGUAGACACAGACCAACAGGAAAAGACCUUCCUGUCUCCAAGAUGAUGAUCUCACCCCACGCUGAGCAGGGAUUGAUUGAUGACUACGAUGAUGUUGAUGAUGUCACCACAGAGCAUCACUUCUGAAGUGAACAGGUCUCUGGUCUGAUCUUGAAGUCAGAAACCAGCAUCAUCUCUUCCUGAUUG